CGGCGGCGACGUCACAGCCCGAGCUUUCCUUUUCGGGAGUCCCCGGCACACAUCCUGUGUCCAUGUUUGGGCAUUUACGUCACGGCGGCAGGGCCGGGGCCUCCCGAAAUGGCAGUGGCCCGGGGAGUCGGAAGCCCGGAGCCAGCGCGGCCGCUGCUAUAUAAGUGGGGGGGCCGCGGAUCGGGGGAGCCUGGCUGCGCUUUGGAGAGGCGAGGAGCCGCCGCCCGAGGCGGGUCCCGGCUAGCAAGGGAGCCUCGACCCCGGGACCUCUUUCCCAGAGGUGAGCGCCUGGAGCCAGGAGCCCGGCCGCCUGGGUCUGUGAGGCGCAGGGCACCCCAACUACUGGCCUCCCCGUCACCCGCGCGCCAAGCCCAGCGGGCGAGGCCCCCGGCGCCCCGCAGCCGCCGCCGCGCCAUGCUCCACCUUAGCGAGUUUUCCGGCCCCGACGCGCUCCUGGUCAAGUCCACCGAGGGCUGUUGCGCGGAACCCAGUACCGACUUGUCCCGGUUGCCCGGCAGAGACGCGCCGGCGGCAGCCGGCUACCCCGGAGCAGGCGACUUCUUGAGCUGGGCUUUGAGCAGCUGCGGCGCCGGGGGGGACUUAGCCGAUUCCUGCUUCCUGGAGGGGCCUGCACCCACGCCCCCUCCUGGCCUCAGCUACAGCGGUAGCUUCUUCAUCCAAGCAGUACCCGAACACCCGCACGACCCGGAGGCACUCUUCAACCUCAUGUCGGGCAUCCUAGGUCUGGCACCUUUCCCCGGCCCUGAGGCGGCAGCAUCUCGGUCUCCGCUGGACGCCUCUUUUCCCGCAGGCCCCGACGCCUUGCUGCCGGGUCCAGCGGACCUUUACUCCCCGGAUCUGGGCGCUGCCACCUUCCCAGAGGCGUUCUGGGAGGUCUCUCCCUCAGCAGGCGCCCCCUCACAGUGCCUGUAUGAGCCUCAGCUCUCCCCACCCGACGUCAAGCCAGGCCUUCGGGCGCCUCCGGCCUCUCCAGCGCUGGACACUGCCUCGGCCUUCAAAGGCCCCUAUGCUCCCUGGGAGCUACUUUCAGCUGGAGCCCCAGGGAGCUGUGGGUCACAAGGAGGUUACCAGGCGGCCCCCGACGCCCGCUUCCCCUCGAUGGGGGCCAAGAUUGAAGACCUGCUAUCGAUCAGCUGCCCGGCGGAGCUGCCAGCCGGCCCCGCCAACAGACUGUACCCCACGGGGGCUUACGACGCUUUCCCGCUGGCCCCGGGUGACUUAGGGGAGGUGGCCGAAGGCCUCCCAGGUCUCCUGACCCCUCCUAGCGGGGAGGGAGGGAGUAGCGGUGACAGUGGAGAGUUUCUGACCGCUACUCAGCCUCAGGUUUCCCCCCUAGGCCUCCGCAGCGCCGCGGCGGACUUCCCGAAACCUCUGGUGGCAGACAUCCCUGGGAGCAGUGGGGUGCCUGAGCCUCCUGGGCCACCGCCGUCGGUCCCAUUCCCCCCUACCAAGGCGCGGCGUAAGGGGCGCAGGGGCGGCAAGUGCAGCGCGCGCUGCUUCUGCCCGCGGCCGCAUGCCAAGGCCUUUGCUUGCCCAGUGGAGAGCUGUGUGCGCAGCUUUGCGCGCUCCGACGAGCUCAACCGCCACCUGCGCAUCCACACGGGCCACAAGCCCUUCCAGUGCCGCAUCUGCCUACGCAACUUCAGCAGAAGCGACCACCUUACCACACACGUGCGCACUCACACGGGUGAGAAGCCUUUCGCCUGCGACGUGUGCGGCCGCCGCUUCGCGCGCAGUGAUGAGAAGAAACGGCACAGCAAGGUGCACCUCAAGCAGAAGGCGCGCGCCGAGGAACGGCUCAAGGGCCUUGGCUUUUACUCUUUGGGCCUCUCUUUCGCCGCCCUGUGAGGGAGAAAUGGGUUUGUAGAUUGGGGCGCCGCCUCCUGGCACGAAAGAGGCGACCUGGUCUGUCCCCCUCCCCUCUCCUCUUUCCGGCACGUCCCGGGGCCGGCCUCUGGUCCCCCUUCCAGUUCCCUUGAAGCGCCCGUCGUUCACGCCUCGUUCAGCACCAGCUCCGUGGACAGCUCCCGCGGUCCGGGCUCCAACUCCCGCGUUAGCCGCGUUAUGAGGGAAGCCCUCUCAUGCACUGAGCGGGCACUUCCUUGGGACUUAAGACAGUGUUUUGUAACUGGCUUGGCGCACGCCCCACGCCCCCCAUUAGACACCGCCCCCCCCCCCCAGAGGCAGGCUGGGGCAGCGCCGAGCCGGUCUCGCGCGGGAUUUUGUACAGCAAUGUCGUUUCCAGCAGCCAUUGGAUGUAACGUUUUGCUUUGGGGUUAUUUCCUUUUGUUGUUGUUAAUUUUUGUAAAUCAGACGCUACUCUCGAGCAGUUGACAAAACUGUUUAUUUUUGCAAUUAAAAUUAUUGUGCUAAAAGCUUACCGAAUCUGCCAUCCAAGCUUCUGACCCAUUCCCCAACCACUCCCCCAGGAGAAUAUGUGCCAGAAGAGAAGGGAGAUAUGACGCCAAUGGAAUCAUUAUGCAGCUUCUGUCAGGCACUGUGGAACACAGUAGGUAUUCAAUAAAUAUGUACUGAAUUAACAGAUGCAUUUAAUCACAACUGACCUAAGGGCUCAAGGUGUUUCUGAAACUUGAGAGUGAUUGAGAGGCUUAGGUGUUAAACAUUGAUCAUAUAUUAUCCUUAAUUCUCACAAUCCUGAAAUUCCAUUUCAAAGAUGAGGCAGGAAAGUAGGUAACUUGCUGGGUAACCCAGCUAGGAACAAACAAGGUCAAACUCAGAUCUAUCUGGCUCCAGAGCCAGUGCUUUUUUACCAACCCCAGAAUGGUGGCACCUCAGCUUAAGAGCACUGUUUGGAAAGGCUUCCUGCCAAGUGAAAUAGGUUCCGCAACUAGAGGGAGCCCCAAGCAGUAGCGACAGCAACAGAAGACUGCAAUAUGUCAGUGCUGUUUGUGAACACCCAGAGUCUUGGGUAUCACAGAGGCUCCAGCCAGUGCCUGUGCAUCUGUAUGAGAAGCACAUGCUGUCAUGGCCAAAAGGGAUUCAGCGUUCAGCUAGACCAUGGAUGGGCAGAGCCAAGCCCAGCAAGGAGAGGGUGCUUUCCAGAUUCUCACAGGCUAGUUGCUCACAAAGGAUCUUUUCCAGGUGGCAGCAGCCCAUUUACCAUCCAGCCAUGCACCUGCCACAGUCCCUUUUCCCUAGCUCUUCUUCCAGGUGAAUCCUUCAUGGCUUGAGGAGGGGGUUUGGAGCAAGAAGAGAGGAAAACAUGAUUUUGUGAUGGAGAAGAUGGGGAAUGGAUGCAACUUGCUCCCCCUUUACUCCCUGAGCUUACAACUCAAAAGCUUUUAUACUCUUUCUGGCCACCUUGGGCACAACCUGGAACAUUAAAAGCCUGCUCUGCCACCCUAUCUCUCCUCCCCAGUAACUCCUCUCUGCUAAGGAAAGGAUAGGGCCUGUCUUCAGGCUUUAUUCUUUUCUCUUUUGCACUGAGCUAUUCCUGAGUUAAGAAUGCCUUACAGCCCUCUGAUGCCAGAUCAAGCCGGCUUCUGAUCCUUUGGCUUCUUUGUCUCUUCACUGUCAGACAUGCUCACCCUCCACCCCACAGUCAAGUGGACCAGAGACAAAACGAUCAAGUCCGAGAAUUCCACCCAUUUGUUUCCCCAGGUAUUAAGUACUUCCACAUGGUUGAAUAUCUUGUAUCUAAUAGACCAAUUUGUGGUAAAGGACUCCACUCCACAUUACCUCUUCUAGAAGAGUUAGCAUUUUUAAAAGUAGCCUGCAGAGGGCAAUGUUUAACCCUGUAGAGAGGCUGAAAUGGUGGACCAUCAGGUAUUGUAACAGGUAAGUGGCAGAUUCGCAAAGACGUAAGAUGAUGAUUUUCAUUAGCUUACUAUUGAAGUGACCAUACCUUUCACUUAUAGGUAUGGACCACCUGACUUCAUUUCCCAUGCAAUGUAAGGAAGAGCACAGAGGCUCAGAUUUCAAGUAACUGAUUGCAAACCAUACAACCUAAGCAAAGAGAGAAGGGCAGACAGACUGUGGGUGGGUAGUGUCUAACCACCCCACCCUUACCCCCUUCAUAGCAUUCUGUCAGGUACCGUCAGCUCUAUCGUGCCCCUCUCUUGUCCUCACGCACACCUAGGCCUAAAUAUCACGGAUGAGAAAAUUGAACCCCACAGAAGUGACUUGAUAGUGGUGCUGGUAUCAGAGCCCUGCCUGACUCUAGAACUCCCAGCUGAAAAGCCCCUCCUGUCACUCCCAAGAGAAAUUGUUCCAUUUACUGGACCUUCCUCUAGGGAUUCUGAGGGAAGAGAAUAUUAGGCCAGGCCCACACAGAACUAGGGACUAACAGAGAGCUCUUUCCUUACUUGAGCCUCUUUUUCAUCUGGCCCUCAAAAUAUGGGUGUUUUUCCAGACCUGGUUCCUAGCUCUCACCUUCCCUAUUUCAACAGUGUUUUUGGAAAGCACAUUCACUUCAAGGCCUUUAGCUAUCACUGCUGCAUAAAUGACUUCUAAGCCAGCCAGCCCUGGUCUCUACCCCAGCUGUAGCCACUUGGUUGGACUAAUGAACACCUCCAUAUGGGUGUCCCACUGCCAUUUCAAAUACUAUCUGUCUAAAACCAAAUCAUUCUUCCAUAUACCCAAUUUCUGCUAAUGGUGACUAUCAUUUGUUUGGGUCCCUGGUCUCAUCCAAAUAACUUAACAGUUCUGUGGGAUUCACCUUUGAUCCCUCCUCCUGUAUCCAGGCUGUCACUCAGACCUGUUGGACCUUCCUGGAGUUCUUCAGGGUCUUAUCUACUCUCAUUUAUGGUACAUAUUUCCUUUUGUCUAUUGUAAUUUUUAGCUUGUGAGUUCAUCUUCAGUGGGGAUUUACCUGGGCAAAAAUACUCCGUGGCCUGGCUUGAGGGUAUGUUUUUCCUGAGCAGUUUUGUGUGUGCUUGUGCCAUGCAUCCUAAGAGUACCAACUGGUGGACAUCAGUCUUUAUGUUAAUUUUCAGCCCACGGUUCCUAUAUCACACAGGAGUUGUGAGUUCAAACUCUAACCCAUAUUGUUAUACAUUCUCAUAGGCAACUCCCCCAGUCAGAGCCCAGGUCAGAGCACAUAAGCAAUAAGCCUCCCUCCCCAUAUCUCCUGGGGUUAGUCAUAGCACAUCCCUUGCUUACAUUUCUUGGUCUCAUUUCUCUUCCCAGUUUUGGCCCAUAUAGAUUUUCUUUCCUUUACUGCAAUCUUGGUUAAGCGUUUCAGAGGUCUGUUAUGUUUUGUGAAUCAGUCCACAUAUUCUGUAGCAGGAGGGUCUUUGGCUUAUCCAUUUGACAAUAUUGAUUAACACUGAAGCCAGAACAUAUUGGUUCCUC